UACCUUGACAACAUUGGCCCAAUGACAGCGCACACGCGAACUAGGCCAGCCAAUCACAGGCAGCCGGCAAAGCUGCAUGUAAUUUCUGCCCCGCUUGCAACCUGCACCGUGUUUUGUUUGUCUGUACACCACCGAUGAAAACUCGGGGUUUGCUGCUGGCUCGGUACAAACGGAGGAAAUUUCUCACCGCUUCUUCCCGCUCAUGAGGACUCCGGUAACCGCAGAGGACGCACGGAGCAGGACCGAAAGGGAGCACGGCUGGGGCUCAAGAGUCAGGUACUGCUGGAUGAGAGUCUGACUAGGCAUUUUCUCCCCGGUGACAGAGACAAUCUCAGCAGCGCAUCUUCCCAGAUCCUGCUCCCCUCCCUUCUCGUCUCCUCCUCUGCUGCAUCCACAGCUGCAGCCCACCGACCAUGGCUCUGGUGACUCUGCAGCGCUCUCCCACCCCCAGUGCGGCAUCCUCGGCCAGCACGGCCAACAGCAGCGCGGCGGAGGAUUUUGGAAGCGACGAUGACCAGAAAAAUAAUCAGAGCCUUCGUGAGAGCUUCUUCAUGGUCAAAGGAGCCGCGCUCUUCCUCCAGCAGGGCGGCAGCACACAGGGUCCAAAGACCCCCACCCACCACAAACAUGCAGGUGAUUUACCUCAACAUCUGCAGGUCAUGUUUAAGAUCCUCCGGUCUGAAGAUCGAAUCAAGCUGGCUGUCAGGCUGGAGAGCGGAUGGUCGGACCGGGUGCGCUAUAUGGUGGUUAUCUACACUAACGGCCAUCAAGAUACAGAGGAAAAUAUCGUCCUGGGUAUGGACUUUACAGAAAAGGACAGUAAAAAUUGCUCUAUUGGCAUGGUCCUGCCCCUGUGGAGUGACACCAACAUACAUUUAGAUGGAGAUGGAGGCUUCAGUGUGAACACCGCAGGGCGGUCACAUGUCUUCAAGCCUGUAUCUGUGCAGGCCAUGUGGUCUGCCCUGCAGGUCCUCCACAAGGCAUGUGAGGUGUCACGCCGGUUCAACUACUUCCCAGGUGGCAUUGCUCUCACAUGGAUGGCCUUCUAUGAGAGUUGCAUCACCUCAGAGCAAAGCUGCAUCAAUGAGUGGAACGCUCUGACCGAUCUGGAGACCACUCGGCCCGAUUCACCCACCAUGUUCGUCGAUGGGCCAACUGAGCGAGAGAGAACCGAGUGUCUCAUUAAAGCCAAGCUACGCAACAUCAUGAUGUUUCAAGACCUGGAGAACAUCACUUCCAAGGAGAUCCGUAAUGAGCUGGAGCAGCAUAUGAGCUGUAACCUCAAAGAAUACAAGGAGUUCAUAGACAAUGAAAUGCUUUUGAUUCUGGGUCAGAUGGACAAAGCCACACUUAUUUUUGACCAUGUGUAUUUGGGUUCGGAGUGGAACGCUUCCAACCUGGAGGAACUACGUGACUGCGGAGUGGGUUACAUUCUGAAUGUUACCAGAGAGAUCGACAACUUCUUCCCAGGGUUGUUCUCUUAUCACAACGUCCGUGUGUACGAUGAGGAUGCCACUGAUCUGCUGGCCCACUGGAACGACACCUACAACUUUAUUGUCAAAGCCAAGAAGAAUAAUUCCAAGUGCCUGGUGCACUGUAAGAUGGGGGUGAGCCGGUCUGCCUCUACAGUCAUUGCCUAUGCAAUGAAGGAGUAUGGCUGGUCUCUGGAGAAAGCGUACAACUUUGUCAAGCUGAAACGGAACAUAGCUCAGCCAAGUGCUGCUUUCAUGAGACAGCUGGCAGAAUAUGAGGGAAUCCUGGACGCCAGUAAACACCGUCACAACAAAUUGUGGAGGCCUGAUACAGAUGAGGAGGGAUCAGACGAUUUUCAAGCCUCUGGCCAUUGCACUGGUGGGGAGGAGACACUGGUGCUCAGAGAGGACGAGGCCUGGGGGGGCUGUGGGGCUUCUCCCUGUAGGGGUAUGGGUCUGGAGAUGGAACCCCUGGACUCUCUUAACUACAAUUAUUACUUCAGGCGUUUGUCAGACUCUGCGCUAGACAGUGAGCCCUCCACCCCAGUACGGGGUCCUCCUCUGCUAGGUAUGGAAAGAGUUUUCAUUGAGAUUGAAGAUGUGGAGAGAGAUGCCCUGUUGGAGGAUGAGGGCUUCCCUAUGGCCCACUUAGCUCUGCCUGGUGAGGGCACAGCUGCUCAGACUUGUGGACGCCUUGACCCCCUGGAGGAUAUGAGACUGAGACUCGAGUUCAGUACUUUGGAGGAGGAGGAUGAGGAAGAGGCCAAGAAAGAGGAAGCUGAAAUGGCAGCCUUGGCUCAAACACCCGGACAUUCAGAUGGGAAGAGGGUAGGGGAAGAGGCUAGGAGGACGGAGGAAAGCCGGUUAGGCCUGGCCAACCUGAAUACCAAUAACAGCAACCGCCUGGCUGCCAAGCGCAGUUGCCCUGCAGCUUUUGAUGACAGUGCUAGCACAGGAAAUCCUUUAAAAGUGAAGCCCUCCUAUCAGUCCUGUAAAGACUGCCUGCGUCUGCCACAAGGACGGCGCUGUGACCGUCCAGCAGGAGGCCGCUCCCAUCGCCUUAACCCCUCCCGCCACUGCAAUGUCCCCUCAAUAUACGUAGAUCCGCCCGGGACCAACUUUGCUUCUACCCCAAUUCUGCACUCUCUACCAUCUGCUGCAGUUGUCCCUCCUAACUUGGUCCAGACCUGUACUCAUCUCUUCCGCUGUGCCACCUGUGCCCCGGGUGUCCCAUUAGCUAACCACCAGAAACUGGUCUCGCCCAUGAGCUGUGAGGAGAUGCCUCCUUACUACAGCUCAGUGGAGACAGAGGACAUGGAUGAACCGCAGGGGGACAACGUGGAAGUACAAAUAUCAAGGGAGGGUACGGGGGUUAUCAGUUCGCCACAACCUGAUGGUGCAGUGGCACUCCAGCAGGAAGCUUUGGACCAACUGCAAAUGCCAGAACUCGGGAUUGAAUUUGGUCUGGAACUGAUGCAACAUAGGACUGAGCAGCCUGAGAAGCUGCCAGGCUUGGCCAUGGAGGGCCAACUCCCAUUAGGGCCCCUGCCUUGAGGGAACAGAUGGAGCAGGAGCCAUACCACUGCCUCCGCCACAUACACUGUGAUGGCUAUGGGCCUUUAGAUGACUGCCGCUGUGGUGUCAUACCAGAAACAAAGCUGGCCUCAAGCUCCACUUUGAUAAGAUGCCACAGCCCUCUGUGCAUUUCCAGAGCAUGUCCUGACGCUGUCUACUGGCAUGAAGCUCCAGAUGAGACUGAUUGUUUUCACAAUAUGGUAAAGUUGGGACUUGAGACUUUCUUGUGUCUUUGUUUGACCCUCCAACCUGAUUGAGGCAUGUCUGGUCUCUUCCAAAUCUGCCUGUCCAUCACAUUUGCCCGAUCAUCAUACUCCCCCACAGCCAAAUGGAGAUGAGCAUUGUGCUGCCAUUUAACGGAGGUUUGAGAGACAGUGAUGGUUUCUAAAAUCUGGCUGUUGUUCCUUUCUGACCCCUGAGACAUCUACGGUCAGCAUUUUGAAGUAGGUAGAUAGAAAAUACCUGAAGUAACAUGCUUCUAUCAGUGUACUAUAUGGUUUUCAAUCCAACUCAUCAACACUAUCAAAAGGAGCUCAGUGAGUGUUUGCAGUUGAGGUGGUUUGAUUGCAUUCAGUAUCUCCUCGUUACCACUGAUAACUGAAUCCUAAUCUAACUUUACUUAUUUUCUCUGCUGCAGCUGCUUUUACAUCAAAGGGAGUUUCAUGUGAAAGCAUAAUUAAAAAAAAAAAAAAAAGAUCUAUGUGAGCCUUUUUAUGCUUCUUUGUUAAGCAUGAUACCUCGGACCACAAGCAUCUGGGACUGUUUUGGUCAGACUGUUUUGUCUCUGCUCAGUGGCUGGUUUGGUUCUCUCCCUGACCACCUCCUGCUUUGAGGUGUAGGAAUUCAUGUCCUUACAGUGCUCAGUUUAGCCCACGCAUGACUUUGCAGUAUUACAAAACACGUCCUCAACAUGCUCAGACAGGAAAAAAAUGUUAUAAUAUAGUUUAUAAUAAGUUUUUAAUUUUCACUGAGUUCUUGAAAUACUAAAAAAAAACUGGAUGAUAACUGUAUUGAACCUAAUCCCUAAAAGAAAUAAA